AACACCCUUAGUUUUAUAUCAUCAAUUUCCUAACUCUUUAUGCAAAACAGCAAAGGGGGGGGGUCAUAUAUUAAUUAAAAAAAUAUUUAUAAAGAAUGAUUGAACUCUUAAAAGAUGCAGAUGUUUUCCCUUUUCUUUAGAAUAUUAAUCUUUACUUGUAACUCACUCUACUCAAAUUCUAUCAUAGCUUUUUUCAAGUAUGCAAAUUGAUCCAAAUACGAAAAAUGAACAGUUAAACAAAAUAUUUCUCUCUCUCUCUACAUGCAAAUCAUGCAUUAAAAUACUUUACCUCCAAAUUGAGGAUACACAUUUAUAAAACCUCAGGGCUGUAGAUUAGUUUUUCCAGUCACCAUAAACAUUCAUAGAAAGCAAAUACAUAACUACUCCUUUCAGCUUUAGAGAACAGCCAUGCCACCUUCAGGAAACUCAGACAGCAGAGGCAAGCAGAGUGUGGCCGUGACAGCUCUAGACGGAGUCAUAAAUGUGAACUCACUGUUUACCAUUGCCAUUUUUGUGGGGCUAUCUCUAGCAUCUCCAGGGCAAAAGAGCCUCAACAGUAGCAAACGUUGUCAGCCAGGGAUUCUAACUGUAAAACAACUAGUAAUCUUCGAGGUGCUUUCGUUCAGUUUCUUUCUCUUCUCAUCACUAAUAGCACAGGCCAUAAAACUCUCCCUCAAUCUUCUGUAUAGCGAAGAUCUGUCUCAUGGUUUCAGUGUUAUUGUCAAUGGAACACUCCUUAGAGCAGGAAUGUUGAUGACAGCUAUCUCCUCUGUUAUGGGCUGCUUGUUUCUCAUGGUUUCUAUGUUGAAUGUGAUUGAGAUCAAGACUGGGAUGCUAUACUGUGGAGCUAAAUCUACUAUUAUAUCAGUUACUUUCCUCAUAAUCCUCGUUUCUUCGGGUCUUUUGGUGUAUAUUUCUGCUGCAUGGUAUGCAUUUAUCCACGCAAACGUCCACCCCCAUGAAAACAGGACUGCUUGAUCAUUUGUUCUAUCAAAUCCUAUUUUGUUUUCUAAUAACAGCCGUCUCUCUGGAUUAGUUUGUGUGCACUUCAACUAUUCUAUCGAACAUUUGCUACCUCACAGGAGCUUCAUAUCUUUGUACAGACCCUUAUGUAAGGGGAUCUAUUAUUUCAAUCUUUUGUAAUAUUUGUUUAGGUUAUGGACAGGAAAGUCCACCUUGGAAAAUCAUAUGGAAGAUUUUCCUUCUUGUUAAGAUAUGUAAUAUAUAUAUAUAGUUAAUUUAUCACAUCAAUGCAUAGUA